UCAAUUGUUGAUAUUGAAUUCGAAUAACCAGCUGCUACUCAUUACAAAACUUUUGGCUACGACCAGGAAGAGUUGUCUUCCUAUUUGAAUUGUUGAUAUUGAAUUCGAAUACCUUGCCGAAUUUGGAAGGAGAAUUAAUUUGAAAAGGUGGUGAAAAUUGGUCAAGGAAGUGAAUCAUGGACGAUAGUGACUGCACUUCGGAGGGGUGUGUCGACUAUGAUGCACAAUCACCAUCGCCACCAUUAGUGAUAUGGACAAGCAGAAGGGCAGUUCCACCGCCAGCUACAUUACCUUACAAUGCACCUUACACAGCUCUAUACCCCGCAAACCACGAUAGUGGUGAACAAAUAGCGACCGCACAGGUCUCCUAUAGUUCUAUUCAGGGUUCCUCAUUCAGUUCUUGGAACACACAAACGUCUUCCUUCGGUGUACUUCAAGAUUAUCGGCUGAAGAGCGUUGCUGACAACGUCAUGGACCCCCGACCCGACAUCCAGAGGGCGAAAGAUACAAAGCCCAGUGAAGCUCCAACCACAGCUGUCUUAAACCCAUGUUUGGAUCCCAUGACAUUGGCAAUGGACGACGAUCACUGUACGCGAGACAACAGUAAAGCAACUGUAAACUAUUCCGUUCCCGUUUCAGAUCACUACACAGGCAGUGGGAACGUAACGUUAAACUCGGAGUAUAGCAAUUUCUCAAGCAAUGCUGGCAAUGUUAACGUUAACGGAGGCCGCAGAGUACAUAUUGCCGGAUAUGUGCCAGUGUCUUCCCAAGUGGCUAGCUUACCUGAGGAUCCCAAGAAUCACAAUCGUGAAAGGAUCAACAAUCAUCACACCUCAGAGCCGUUUUCUGAGGCAGUUUGUCAACUUCAAACUAACCAUCGUCAACCGGAAACGUCACUCUGCGAGGAAACCGGGAAGUCACCUGAUCGCCGGCAUGAUCCGCUAGAUCGUGCACAUUCACAUCCUGGAGAAAAAACGUAUAAACGUAAGCAUUGCGAUAAAUUCUUAUCUACUCAGUCUUGCGUAACAUCUCAUGAAUGUCCACAUCCUGAAGAGAAAUCGCUCGAUUGUAACUUGUGUGAUAAAACGUUCAAUAAGCUACCUCAUCUUACACGUCAUGGACGAGUUCACUCUGUUGAGAAACCAUUUCCGUGCAAAUACUGCGCCAAGCCGUUCGGUGACAAAUCCGCUCUAAAUGUUCAUGAACGUAUCCAUACCGGAGAGAAGCCGUUCAGGUGUGGUUACUGUGAUCAAAUGUUUCGCCGUAAUACCCAUCUUAGAGUUCAUGAACGUACCCAUACUGGAGAGAGACCAUACAAGUGUAAAUCGUGCGAGAAGUCAUUCACGACGAAAUCAGAUCUCACCGUGCAUCAACGCAUCCAUACUGGAGAGAGACCAUACGAGUGUAAAUCGUGCGACAAGUCAUUCACGACGAAAGCAAAGCUCACCGUGCAUCAACGCAUCCAUACUGGAGAGAGACCACAGAAGUGUAACUUGUGUGACAAGUCAUUCACGACGAAAUCAAAUCUCACAGUGCAUCAGCGCAUCCAUACUGGUGAGAAACCAUACAAGUGUACAGCAUGUGGCAAAGACUUCCGAACAAUAUCAACUCUCGCAAAUCAUCAACGAAUCCACACUCCUGAGAGAACCUGAUCAAGUGUCAGCUAUGGUGACAAGUCUUUCAAUUUGAAAAACAACAUGGAAGACCAUGCAAAUACAAACACCGUAAAACAGAAAGAUUGUUUUCAAGAUUUUUGAAAGUGCUACUCAUAGGCCAGUUUCGAACCGCAAGUAGAAUAAAAUCAAUGUCGCUUAAAGCCCGAUCCGUUAUGCAUGCAAAGGUCUCUACUUACAUGCUAACUUCAACAUAAUACGUAAGGUCCAAACCAUUAUCAUUGCCAUUUUACUCCGAGUGAUAUCCACUAUUUCAUUUCUUGCUUUCCAUUGCACUUCUUACAGAAAAGGAACGUGUUUCCAUAUUUACCAUGACACUCAAUUGCGCUGAACGGUUUUUUUGGAUACAUCAGUCAAGCUUUAUAACCGAAACCUAUUGCUGGAGCACGCAUGCCUGGUACGGAUCUUUUCGCUGGAAGAGGUACUCUACUGUUUGCAUGUUCGGCUAUGAUGCUAAAAUCUUAUUCAUGUAUGAACUCUUGGUUCCAUGUGUCAUCCUGUAUAGUAACGAUCUACUUCUUAUCAAAAAUAUUCGAAUACUAUCUCACUGUC